AGCUGACUCAUGGAUCCCAUACAAUAGUGCCAUUGAAUGUUUGGAUGUCGCGUUAGGUAUAAAACCGGCUUAAAUCCAGGAUAGGAUUGCUAUAGCAUCAUUCCAUCUAUCAGCCACCAUGCACGGCAAGAUCAUCUUCUACGAGGACAGGAACUUCCAGGGACGUUCCUAUGAGUCCAACAGUGACUGCUCUGACAUGUCCUCCCACCUGAACAGGUGCCAGUCCUGCAAGGUGGAGAGUGGCUGCUUCAUGAUCUACAACCGCCCUAACUUCAUGGGUCAACAGCACUUCCUGAGGACGGGCGAGUACUCUGACUACCAGCCUAUGAUGGGUUUUGGUGACUGUAUUAGAUCCUGUCGUAUGAUCCCAAUGCACAAAGGCUCCUUCAGAAUGAAGAUCUAUGAGAUGGAAAAUUUCGGAGGUCAGAGUCAUGAGCUGAUGGACGACUGUGACGACAUCCAGGACAGAUACCAAAUGUCCAACUGCCAGUCCUGCCAGGUGAUGGACGGCCAAUGGCUGAUGUACGAGCAGCCCCACUACAAAGGCCGGAUGAUGUACUUGAGGCCCGGAGAGUACAGGAGCUUCAGGGAGAUGGGAUACGAUGGAAUGAGAUUCAGAUCAGUCAGACGCAUCUCUGACUCCUGCUAACUUUACCAUUAGAAUUUCUAAUCUUCAAAAAUAAAGAUAUUUUCAUCCUCA